AUGAUCAGCGGCGGCGACGGCAGCUCCCACUGCCCUACGUGUAGCUGUUGGAAGAAGAAAGCUCGGAAGAAUGACAGGUUCAGCGAACUUCCCGACCAUCUCCUCCGUUGCAUUCUCUCCUUCCUCGACUCGAAACUCGCCGUCCAAACUUGCGCCCUCUCCCCGCGGUGGAGAUCCGUCUGGAAAGGCGUCCCUGUCCUCAAUUUAGACACCAAAUCCUUCAACAACAGCAACGAAUUCAACCAAUUUGUCUCCGGAAUCAUCUCAAGCCGCCACGACUCUGCCCCCGAUCCACGAGAUCAACGUGGAAAUCGGCCGCCGCCGCCAAAUCGAUUACGACGACGUUAA